AUGCCAAUCGAUCAUCUGGCAACGGAGCUUCUGCUCCAUGUAUUUCGCUCCUGCGACUCAAUCUCCGAUGUUCUGAACUUAUCUGCCAGCUGCCGUCGGCUUCACCGCAUCUUCAACUCGACAAGUAAAGUCCAGAUCUUAGCUACUGCCGCGGAGAAUGAGUUCGGCCCACUUGACGACAUAAUCCAAGUCGUGACACAAAACGAGAGCCAGCCCGCUCAUCACAUCCGCCAUGCUCCUAUGUCUGACCCCCUGCUGAAACAAGUUAUCAACUUAGGCAGGGUGGCGCGCAAGUGGGAAACCAUUUUCCCUUUCAAGAAAUGGAAGGUAGAUUAUGAAAAUCGCCGCUCCCUCACCAAUGAAGAGCGAUUAAGGGUCCGCCGUGCAGUAUACCGAUUGUGGCUAUACCACAAUGCAUUCCAUUCUCGUGCGUACGAUCGGCAUUCUCGCAGCCUUCGCCAUGUGGUUUUGGAGCGCGCUCAGCUUCUUCAUAACUGGUCAACCGAAGCACUGGCGGAGAUUGAAGACCUGCGUCUCGUUAUGAGUGACAUCGUUCAAAAUCAUAUUUGUCCCAGCAACGGGACUAUUCAACGCAAGUUCCGCAAGCGCUACCCAGAUAGCAACCAACAGCUUGCGUUCAAUAUUCACCUCAAUUAUCCUUUUACAUCAGCUGCCUCUUUGUCCUCACAUGAUCAGUCCUUGUUUGAUCAGGCUUCGGGUGCUUCUAUCCAGCAAUAUUUCCACACUGCACACCCUACAAACUUCGCAGAGUCCCCAGCUAAAUACAGAUCACGGUUUCGCAAUGAUCUCUCCCACGACCCGGGGUAUGAAGGCUGGGGUGAUGAGAUCCCGCAUUACUAUAUCAUGCAGGACAUGAUGAAGCUUGAUCCUGGCCAAAUAUUAUGGUUGCGGGACCAUGCUCUGUUAAAGGAGCAGGUGGAAGAGUAUGUUUGGUCUUUGGGGGAAUGGUUCCGUGACAAUGGGGAAACCUUUGGGGAUACGCUGGAAUAUGUCAUGAAUGAACGUGGCCUUGAUGUCAAAGAACUACGAUCCGCCGUGGUUGAUCGUGAUAUGGGCAUUGUGAUAGACUAG